AUGAAAGCCUAUCUAAAGAGUGCCGAGGGCUUUUUUGUCCUGAAUAAAAGUACCACAAUUGGGAAGCAUGAGGAUUCAGACCUUGUUUUGCAGUCGGCAGACAUCGACAACCACCACGCGCUCAUUGAGUUCAACGAGGACGAGGGCAGUUUCGUUCUUCAGGACUUCAAUUCCCGCAACGGCACGUUCGUCAACGAGUGUCACAUCCAGAACGUGGCUGUGAAGCUCAUCCCCGGGGACAUCCUGAGAUUUGGGUCCAUGGGACUGACCUACGAGCUGGUCAUUGAGAAUCCACCCCAGGUCUCCUUCCCCUGGGUGAGGGGCCCAGCAGCCUGGCCGAGGCCACAGCCGUCCCGGAUCUCCCAGCAGCCGAUCCCGUCGCCUUCGCCACCGCUCAACGUUUUCUACCAGGGCAUCCGGCCAGUGCCCCUGCAGAGAAGCUGGUCCCAGGGCUUCCCCAGGCCCUCCGUAGUCCCACCCGCCGCCCACCAACGGCCCGUGAGCGCCAGCGGAAAGAUGUUCUCCUUCGUGGUGGACAGCAGCCACAAGUCCCCCCUCCUCAAGCAAGUGUGGACGGGCCCCAUGGAGAUGCCGGAGCACCACAUGCCGGAGGGCAUUUCUGGAGCCGUGCCUCCCCCGGAGAUUUUCAUGGAUCCGGACAUGGUCCAGCAGGACAAGGAUGAGAUCAUUCUGCUGCUGGGGAGAGAGAUCAGCCGCCUCGCGGACUUUGAGAUCGAAUCCAAAUACAAAGACGCGGUGAUCGCCAACCUGCAGAACGAGGUGGCCGAGCUCAGCCAGAAGCUGUUGGACAGCGUGGCCUGCAGGCAGGGCGACAGGGGCGCCGCGCACAAGUUCGAGUGUCUGGACGAGGGCGCGGACGACAAGCAGAAGGAGAUCCAGAGCUUGAAGCAGCAGAUCGAAGUCCUUCAGAAGGGCUACAGCCAGAUGCUGUGCAAGACGCUGUCCGAGCGGAACUCCGAAAUCACAUCCCUGAAGAACGAGGGCGAGAACCUAAAGAGGGACCACAGCAUCACGGCAGGAAUGGUGACGUCUUUGCAGCAAGACAUCUUGGUGAGGACUGAGCAAGUUCAACAGCUGAAAGAGGAGGUGAAUCAGCUGAGGAGUCAGAACAAGGAGAAGGAGCACCAGCUCGAAGCCCUGAACUCCAGGUGCUCAGCACUGAAUGAAGAGUUAAAAAAGGAAAGUUCCCAGAAGGAGCACAGAGAAGCCCAAGAGAAAGAGUUAAAACACUGCAAAAGCCAAAUCCAAGACAUGGAGAAAGAAAUGAAGAUGCUGAGAGAGGAGCUGAGGAAGAACUGUUCUGAGCAGAGCAUGAUCUAUAAGACUCUGCGGGAAAAGAGCAAGGUGGAAGAGAAACUUCAGGAGGACUCCAGAAAGAAACUGCUUCAGCUGCAAGAAAUGGGGAACAGAGAGAGCCUGAUUAAGGUCAAUUUGGAAAGGGCAGUAGGUCAGCUGGAGCAGUUCAGAAGCCAGAUCAUCAAGGCCACCUACGGGCGGGCGAAGCCAAGCCAGGACAAGACCAUCACCGACCAGCAGCUGAUAGAGAAGAUCACUCAGGUCACCGAGGACAACGUGAACUUGCAGCAGAAAAAGUGGACCCUGCAGAAGGAGACCCAGCUGAACAACUCCAAGCAGGAGGAGAUGGCGAAGAGCAUGGAGAAGCUGAAGGCGUCGUUGGACAGCUGCCAGACUUGCUUGAAAAUGUCUUGCUGCAGCGGCGACCUGAAAAGAGAGGUGGACCUUCUCCAGCACCUUCAGAUGAAUCCACCUGUCCUGGGGCUCCAGAAGGUGACCGUGGACAUCUUGAGCCACUCACUGUCCUGGCUGGAGGAGACGGAGCAGCUGCUGAGGGACCUCGGCAUCCAGCUACCCAGCUCCGAAAAAGGGUUCUCUUUGUACCUGGUGUAUCUUCUGGAACAUUAUAAAAAAAUCAUGAGCCAGACCCAGGAGCUGCAGAUCAAGCUCAGCAGCUCCCAGGAAACCCACCAGUUUCUGCUGCAAGAAAAGCUGCAGGAGCAUCGGGCAGAAAAGGAGAAGCUGAACGAGGAGAAGCUGGCGCAAGAGGAGAAGCUGAAAGGCAAAAUCAGGCGGCUGGUGGAAGAGAAGGCGGCCCUGGAGGAGAGCGCUGCUCAGGAGAAAGGCAGAGCCAGGGAGGCCCUGCAGGAGGAGCAGCGGAGGGUCCAGGAGCUGGAGGGCCGCCUCGCCCACCAGAAGGAGGUUUUGGAGAGCAGCCUAGCCCACGAGAAGAGGAAGGCCAAGGAGGCCCUGGAGUCGGAGCGACGGAGAGUGCAGGACCUGGAGAACCACCUGACCCAGCAGAAGGAGAUCUCAGACAACAGCAUCGCCUACGAGAUUCAGAAGGCGAAGGAGGCCUUGGAGAAGGAGAAGAGGAAGGUACAGGACUUGGAGAACCGCCUGACCAAGCAGAAAGAGGAAAUAGAAUUAAAAGGGCAAAAAGAGACCUCUUUAAAUAAUAAAUUAAGUGAUGCACUGGCCAUGGUAGAAGAGAUUCAGCAAAUCAAAACAGCUGAAAGCCUCAGAGCAGAGAGCCUCUCCCUGAAGCUAAAUGAAUCCUUAGCCGAACUGGAAACUGCCAAGACAAAGCUGAUCAUGAUGGAGGAGCAGAUAAUACUACAGCAACUGACAGUAAAGAGCCUCCAAGACCAGAGGGAAACCCAGAAACACGGAUUCGAAGAAGAAAUCCAAGAAUACAAGGAGCAGAUCAAACAGCACUCCCAGACGAUUGUGAGCCUAGAGGAGAGACUCCAACGAGUGACCCAACACCAUAAGAAAAUAGAAGAAGAGAUUGCAACCCUGAAGGUCAAUAACCCAGCCGAAGAGGCAGAAAUGCCGGAAGAGCUUCCCGUGGCCACCCCAUUGGAGAACAGUACCAAAGAGAUGGCGUGCGACCACUUGAUAGAUGACUUACUGGCUGCUCAGAAGGAAAUCCUGUCCCAGCAGGAGGUCAUCAUGAGGUUAAGGAAAGACCUUAACGAAGCCCAUGGCCGAAUGUCAGACCUGAGAGGGGACCUCAGUGAGAAGCAGAAGAGGGAGCUGGAGUGGCACAUGACCCUGGUCCAGCAGCAGAGCAGGGAGCUGUGCAUGCUCAAGACGAAGCUGGCGCAGAUGAGCACCCUGGUGGAGAAGAAGGACCGGGAGCUCAAGGCCCUCCGGGAGGCACUCAGGGCUUCCCAAGACAAACACAAACUCCAGCUGAGCAUGGAGAAGGAGGAGAAAGCCAAGAACGCCACCCAGAAGUGUGACAUCUCUGUGCAGAUUGAGCCAAUGCACCCCAGUGUUUUCCUGAGCAGUCAAGAGGAGCAGUCUUUCAGUGACCUGGGGGCCAAGUGCAGAGGGUCCCAACACGAGGAAGUCAUUCAGCGACAGAAAAAGGCCCUGUCAGAACUCCGAGCGCGAAUCAAAGAACUAGAGAAGGCCUGCUCUUCCAAUUGUAAGGACCACCUGAAUGAAUCGUUCCUAGAAUUAAAGACGCUCAGAAUGGAGAAAAACGUCCAGAAAAUAAUAGUGGACACAAAAUCCGACCUGCCAACUCCCUCAAGAAUAGAGAUCCACGCGCCUGAAGACAGCCUUUCCAACUCGGACACCAGCUCCGCCCUGGAGAAGUCGGAUAAGACGGAUGUCACCGAGGCUUUGGAUCUCAGUGAAAGACUGUACCUGGACAUGAGCAGGACUCUGGGAAGCCUGAUGAACAUCAAAGACAUGUCGGGUCACGUGUCCAUGAAACACCUGUCCGCCAAAGAGAGGGAGAAGGUCAACCAGCUGCGACAAAGGGACCUGGACCUGGUGUUUGACAAGAUCACCCAGCUCAAGACCCGGCUGCAGAGGAAAGAGGAGCUGCUGAAAGGUUACGAGCAGGACGUGGAGCGGCUCAGGCAGAGCAAAGUGUCCGUCCAGAUGUACCAGUCACAGGUAGCAAAGCUGGAGGACGACAUCUACAAAGAGACGGAGGAGAAGGCCCUGCUGAAGGAGGCCCUGGAGCGCACGGAGCACCAGCUGAGCCAGGAGAAGAGGUUCAACAGGGCCAUCCGGCAGCAGAAGGAACAUUUAGAGGAUCCUGAAAACAGAAAUGCAAAAGACUCAGCACCUUGCAACUGUUCCUUCAAAGAGAAUCAGCGGCAGAGACGAGCGUUUACAGAGAUGGUGAAGGCCACGAGGCAGAGUUCAGAUUUCCAGGUUGGAGCCAAAAAAGCCACCUCCAAGAUGGACCAAGAAAGAGAGAUGAAAAAAGAGACAUCCAGCAAACCCAGCCAGAGCCUGUUGUUUUCUAAGCCUGGUGGAAGGAACUAG